CUUUCGGCGAGUUUUUUAGGGUUCUUCGUAAAGUUCAACACCGUCGAAGAGCUUAAUCGGAUCGUCGGAAACAAUAUGAACGGAAUCGGGGGUGACAAUGCGACGGCAAAUUCACCGGUAGCGAAAUGGAGGGACGAUUUUUCAAAAGCAUUUCAGUACUAUCUGGAUCGAUCUACGCCUCAUACGCUGUAUAGGUGGCUCGGAACAUUGGCGGUGGCUUUGAUUUACGUAUUGCGUGUGUACAUAGUGCAAGGGUUCUACGUUGUGUCCUACGGUGUCGGAAUUUAUAUUCUGAACCUCAUGAUUGGGUUUCUGUCACCCAAGAUUGAUCCGGAGCUGGAGGCUUUGGAUGGGGCAGCUUUGCCGACUAAAGAAUCUGAUGAGUUUAAGCCUUUCAUUCGCCGUCUUCCUGAAUUCAAGUUCUGGUAUGCCAUCACAAAAGCUUUUGUUGUUGCAUUUCUCAUGACCUUUUUCUCCGUGCUGGAUGUUCCUGUUUUCUGGCCAAUAUUACUGUUCUACUGGGUGGUUCUAUUUUUCCUCACUAUGAAACGUCAAAUUUUGCACAUGAUCAAGUACAAGUACAUCCCAUUCGACUUGGGAAAGCAGAGUUACACCGGGAAGAAGAAUUCUAGCAGCAGUUCACCUAGGGACUGAAGUUGCAUCAUUGACUCAAGCAACCUAACAAAACGAGAAACAUUUAUGUGCUUUUAGAUUUUUGAAAUAUCUAGGUUUGUAUUUCUCCUUCUAAUUGGUUUUUGGAACUUUCAAAUCAGAGCUUCUUUUAGGUAUGUAGAAGUACCAUUACUGAACACACGUGAAGCUUACUGUGCAUAUAUAAUACUAUGAACAUUCUGAUGGCUUUACAGAAAUUCAUAUUGCCUCUACCUUCUCUCUUGGAAACUUUUGGUUAUCCUUGUCUCCAGACACUAUAUCUGAUAAGUAGAUGAAGGUCAAUUUUGUUUUUUCCUUUUCUCUGGUUCAUUUUCUGAAGGAGCAGUAAACUAUUUCAUGACCAUUCCAGAUGCUUCCUGCAUCGGUAAUGGGGGAAAAAGAACAUUGCAUGUAGAAUAGACCCGACGGUGAUGGGAUCGAAGGACUUGCAAUUCAUUUUCUUCAAGACAGGUGGAUUUUUCCGAAGUCUAAAUCUAACUCACAAACAAAAAAUAGAGUCAGGACGAAAAACAAUUAUGCUUUCAGGGCCAUCAAAUACUGUAUAGAUCUUCAUUUUAUUGCUACAAACAAGUGCACAUACAAAUUCAUUCAUUGUGUUUGAAGUACAUUGUUAUCCAAUUUUGGGUUCUUUUAAUAUCAAGUAUCAAACAAAAGCUUAACGUGUAGCAACUCCACAUAGAGAAACCAAGGUAUAGCUUAUAAAACAAUAGUCUCGACAAAGACAAAUCUGCUUACAGACUAUGACUGCAGACUAUUGCUGGAACUCUUCCUGUAUAUGCUCAUGAACUUGGCCACAAAUUCUGCAAAAGCAUGACAAAUUCACACGUCAGAAAACUAUUCUGAUGAUCGCCAGUGCAUCAAUGAAUUUCCAGAUAUAGUUUUCCAUGGUGCACACUGUGAGACUUGCUUGAAUAAACUAAUUGUGGGAGCUCACACCAUCAAUAAGGAAAAAUUUUCACCAGACUCUACUCAACUUACAUGUAGUAAAAGUUACUUCCUGCUCUAUGCAGAAAACUAUCAUUCAGAUGCAACAGGGGUGGCUUCCCUCUCGCUUGUACUGAAGAUACGUGUUAAGUCAUUUGCGAAGAAAAAGCCUAAAAACUGAUGGUAUCUCUCUACCUCCAUAACUCUCUGAAAUCACCCUGCCACAUGAUUUUCUAGGUUCUAUCUCGUCGUUUGUCAUGUAUCCACAUGCUUUUUUCUAAUAGUGACUCAGCUCAGUAUACAAAACUGCUAAAGGUUUUGACCCAAGACUUUA